AGGCUAAGGCUAGUGCGUGAAAAUGCUAACCGGAAAAGAGUGGAUUCAGCAAUGUCUAACCGAUAAACGUUGUUAAAAUAAACAUAUCACGUUGUCUUCCGACGGUGUGUAUGUGUACAACAUUAAACAAAUAAAUGCAGUUAAUUAUGAUCACUCACAACAAUUAAAUUCUUUAAAAACUAGUGAGCGCGUUAAUUAGCCACUAGACAGUUAGCAGCAGGGAGCACAUCAGUGUAACUACAGCUGUAUGUUGGUUACCAACGCGACUUACAGUGGAUAAAUGGAAAUAUUUUUAGCCGGAUGAGGCUGUAAUUUGAGUCCGACACAUUUGUUGCAAUCGAGGUGCAGACAGAUUGAGUAAAUUAAACGGGUGAAUGAGUGAGACUGACUUCAUCUCUGCUGAUAUGGCAGAGAUAAACCGUAUCCAUUAUGAGCUAGAAUAUACAGAGGGCAUCAGUCAACAGAUGCGGAUCCCAGACAGGCUAAAGAUAUCCUCCAGCUCAUCAGAGGAACCGUCUGGUCCCCUUCUCGAUGCAUCCCACAGUACUAUGAUGCAUGUGCCUGAAAGGAUUGUAAUUGCAGGAGAUGGCAAUGACGCCCGCUUCGAGAGACCCAGAGAUCUGGAUUUGAUCCAGUCUACGCCACUUGAGAGUGAGACGGUUGAACUGAAGACCCCACCACGGGUUCUUACUCUCAAUGAUCAACCUCUGGACUUCCUCGAGCCAGAGCCAGCAGGCAACUCCACUGCCCAGCCAAGAGAUGAGAUGCGAUCUCACUUUAGGUCAAAAAGGGAGCGCUGUAGGAGUGAGAACUCAACAAUGCAUCGCAAUGGACAGAUAAACAAACAUGAUUUUGCAAGCCCGUCUCCAUCCCGUGUUCCUGUCCGUACUUGUCCCCCUCUCAUCAGCCCUGAGGACAGUCAAAACUUAAAUAGUGCCACUGGUGUCCUUGCCUACAUCAAAAGCACGACUCGCAGGGCCUACCAACAGGUCCUGGAGGUGUUGGACGACAGCCACCGCAGUCGGACAGCUCUUGUGACUUUUGAUCUAGGUCUGGAGAACACUGCUGAUGAUGCUGUCUUAACAGACGCUGCCUCACUGCGACGACAGAUCAUCAAGCUGAAUCGAAGACUGCAGCUACUGGAGCACGAGAAUAAAGAGCGAGCCAAGCGGGAAAUGGUCAUGUACUCCCUCACUGUUGCGUUCUGGCUGGUCAACUCCUGGAUCUGGCUCCGUCGCUAAACACCCCUCUUCUCCACUCAUCCUUAGAGGGUCUAACAAAAUAAAAGACAGUUAAGUCACAUUGUAUAUUAGGUAUUUUCUCAUUCACAGACUUGUCUGUUAGUUAAGGGUCGAUAUAAUAAUAUAACAGUUGCACUACUUUCAAUAACAGGUCUAAUUAUGCUCUAAGAAAUGUGGUUAUUUUUAAUUUUUUGCAUUUCCGAUUGUAUACUGUUUUUGUAAUUGUUCUGUAUGAAUAGUUUGAUGGUCCAGUGCAACGUGAUGUAAAGAUGUAAAUGUUCGUAAUAUUUCAUUAGACAUUCCAUUUUUGUGAAUGCAUGAACGUUUGUACUCAUUUUUCAGUUUUUCAGUCAUUAUUUGUGCAAGAACAUAUUUAAAGUUGUGGGAUCACCAAAGAAUUAAAGUGUAAAAUGCAUAAAUUGUAUUGC